CACACACACCGUUCGCACAUGUUCGUACGCCAGACACUUUCUUUUAGAAAUUCACUUUCACACACAUGCAUUCAGCCACUCGCAUUUAUACUGCAACCUGAACAUUUUUCUGCAUCUGGACAUUAAAACUACGCCGCCUCAACUUUGAAGCUGCUGCUGCAAAGAAGUGAAAUAGAGAGACUGAAUCAAGCACAAAAGGUUGCAGAUGUGCUAAAAGGAUCAGAAGGAUCUUUAAGGGCAGAAUGAAAUUCAUCCAAAAGAUUGUGAGGAAGAGCUUUGACGCACUUCGAGACUGAACCAAAGCUCCGGAGCUGUGAAGAAGUGGAAAUCAACAGCUGUUGUGUGUGUGAUCUCCAGUUGUGUGUGUUUGUUUUUGUGCAUCCGUGCGCUGCCCUUGAACUCACUGGACUGACGCCAUGUUGUGGACACUGAUACUGGCUUUGAUCCUACUGCUGUUGCUCCAAGCUCAGCUACUCGUAUGUCUACAUGAACUCCGAGCCUCUCUAACCUCUGUCACUUCAGCGACGCCUCCUAAAACUUCAGGCACCUCUGCUUUGCAACGUCUGCCGGGUGCCAUCAUCAUCGGGGUCCGGAAAGGAGGCACCAGAGCCCUUCUGGAGAUGCUCAACCUCCACCCAGACGUGGAGGUAGCCAAAACCGAGAUCCACUACUUCAACGCCGAUGAAAACUUCCGGAAAGGUUUAGACUGGUACCGUGCCCAAAUGCCCCUCACCCUCCCCGAUCAGCUGACGGUAGAAAAGACCCCUGGAUACUUUACAGCACCCCCAGCCCCAAAAAGGAUCUGGGCCAUGAAUCCAGCUAUGAAACUGCUGCUGAUUGUUCGUGACCCGGCGGAGAGGCUCGUGUCAGACUACACGCAAGUUCUGCACAACCGAAUUCAGCAGAAUAAGCCAUACCAGCCACUGGAGGAUCUGUUACUAUCACAAGGACAUAUCAACCCCAAUUAUAAGGCCCUUCAGCGGAGUUUCUACUACCAGCAUCUGGCCAGAUGGCUGGAGCUUUUUCCCAGGGAGCAAAUCCACAUAGUGGAUGGAGAGGCUCUGAUACAGAAUCCUUUCCCCGAGCUGCAAAAGGCGGAGACAUUUUUGGAACUUGCGCCACAGAUAAAGCCAGACAAUUUCUACUUCAAUGUCACAAAGGGCUUUUACUGUAUGCUGUCUGCCGGACACGACAAGUGCCUGGAUGAGUCGAAGGGAAGGCCACACGCGCCCCUCAGUAACACCGCAUUUCAGAAGCUCUGCCGCUAUCUGAGAGUUCCCAAUCAAAUAUUUUUCAGAAUGGUGGGACAGAGGUUUAACUGGUGCUAAGCCUAAACAUGAUUUUAGAGACUGGAAUUCAAAAUACUACCCGGUUUUGUGAAUAUAUUUGUAAUGUUGCCAUUUAGAAAUAUGGUUCAGAAAGACUGGAGUUCCUUGAAGGCUGAACAUAGACUACAACAACGCUUAAGAUGACCCACAAAACUCAGCUGACCACUAAUAUAUCUACAGUUGAUCUACACUUUAUAUGAGGAAAAUAAGAACAGAUCUACAGGACUUCAUGUGUUUACAACAUGCCAGACCCUCACUUCAUAUGAUUUAUACUGUUAUUCAGUGAAAAAAUUAACUGUGUGGAAGUUUUGGCUUUCUCUAAUAAAAAUAAGUCCAGAAUGUUUGAUAAAUUGAAGUUUCACAUAUAACAAAGAAAAAACUCAAUUCAUUUCCAGUGGGAAUCGAAGUUCAACAACAAUACUGCAUUGUCGGCUGUAACUAUUGUAGUUUAAGCAUUUCAUUCUCAUGUUUAAUACUAAUUUGUACUCAAAUAUUUUAUUUUCGUUUUAAAUAGAAAUGUCUAUUUUUCAAAGUGACUGUUUCUUUAAAUGAAUGAAAAAUAGUCAUAAGUUAAUGCACUGAGAAAUUCUGUUUUGUUCAAUAAAU